CGAGAUUAUGAAGGCUAUUUAUGCUCCCUGCUGCUUCCUACAGAAUCCAGAAGCUCUGCUUUUGCACUGAGAGCGUUCAAUGUGGAACUGGCUCAGGCUGAUUAAGGAUUCAGUUUCUGAGAAAACAAUUGGACUCAUGCGAAUGCAGUUUUGGAAAAAGACCGUAGAUGACAUAUACAGUGACAAUCCACCACAUCAGCCUGUGGCCAUCGAACUAUGGAAGGCUGUCAAAAGACAUCAUCUGACUAAAAGGUGGCUUAUGAAAAUCAUUGAUGAAAGAGAAAAAAAUUUGGAUGACAAAGCGUAUCGUAAUAUCCAGGAACUGGAAAAUUAUGCCGAAAACACACAGAGUUCUCUUCUUUAUUUAACACUAGAAAUAUUGGGUAUAAAGGAUCUUCAUGCAGAUCAUGCUGCAAGUCACAUUGGAAAGGCACAAGGCAUCGUCACUUGCUUGAGAGCAACGCCAUAUCAUGGUAGCAGAAGGAGGGUGUUCCUCCCCCUGGAUAUUUGUAUGCUGCAUGGUGUUUCACAAGAGGAUUUUCUUCGGAGGAACCAAGAUAAAAAUGUAAGAGAUGUGAUAUAUGACAUUGCCAGCCAGGCACACUUGCACCUAAAGCAUGCUCGGUCCUUCCGCAAAAGUGUUCCCGUGAAAGCGUUUCCUGCUUUUCUUCAGACGGUUGCUCUGGAGGACUAUCUAAAGAAAAUUCAGCGAGUGAAUUUCGAUGUAUUCCACCCAUCUUUACAGCAGAAGAAUACAUUACUUCCAUUAUCUUUGUACAUUCAGUCAUGGAGAAGAAGAUAUUAAAAAUAACUUCAUGGCACUGA